AUACGAUAUUGGUUAGUCCCUCCCUCUAACUUCCGCCCCCAAAACCCUACAAAGUCUAUUCAGAAUCAAACUUGCCCAAUAAUCUUUGAUCUCUUGGCUAAACUAAUUCACUACAUAAAUAUAUGCACGAGGGGUCAAAUCUUGCAACCAAGAUAUAAUGAGGUACAGCGAGAAUAUAGCAGUUUGGAUUCUUGUUCUUUUAGUUUCAGAAAUGGUUCUCGGAACAUCUGCAGCUGCGGAGGGGUUUGAUAAGCAGAAUGUUGAAACAGCAAUUAGCAUUGAGCUUGGGACAACAAAUUCUUGUGUAGCUGUGUAUGAGAAGCAGAAAACACAGCGUUUGAAUGGGAAGGCUGCAAUUGAUCAAAAAACGCAUCACAUACAAGGCAGUCAUUAUAUACAAGACAGGGGGUGCCAAAAAUUAAGGCCACUUUUCAUGUUGAUUCUGAUGGACUAUUGCAUGUGA